CACGAACAGAUCCCCUCUUUAACACCACACUCCAUUUCAUUUUCUGAGAAAAGAGCAGUUCAAAGGAAGUUAACACAAGUCACUUCAGAUAGUACAAUUCACACAUUUAACAGGUCAUUACAGACUAUACCCGUUAAUGAUAAUUUAUCAAAACUCAAAAGGUUGAGGGAUUCAACCAAGUCUAUUGUACUUCAUAACAAAAUCGAUGCCUUGUCUUGUGUUUUGGAGGACCUUUUAUAUCAACAUUGUGAUUUAGAAAGUAUUGGACCAACAAUUUAUGAAAGAUAUACCAGCAAACGGGCAAAUGGAAUCAUAGAUUUUCAAGUUGGUCUAGACAUAUAUGCUGACUUUAUGGGAGCUCCAUUAUAUGUUAGGAAGGAUGAUUUAUCGACUAGAUUCAAAGACGAUCUUUUGGAUCCUGUUCAUGGUGUAAGAUGUUUUGUAUAUAAUCCACAUAACUAUGAGAAAAAGUAUAUUAUAUUGGAUAGCGAUGGAGUGGACAUUUUGGGUAUAUUGCAGAGAAUAACUGAUGAUUUUGAAGAUGCAGAAAAUAUCAGGGUACGUGUACGUGAAAAUAUUGACUAUGGUUAUAUAAACACAGCUUUAUUAACGUUGGAUACUGAGCAUGAUCGAAGUAUUGUCAAAUGUAUUCUUGCGAAAUUGAUUGGACGAAGUGAUUUGAUUGCUGUAGGAAUAAAUCCAGAUAUUGCUUUAAAAAAAACUUGAAAAGUCCCGACAAGUUUUUGCAGAAAUGUCCAAUGCAAAAGUAGCAGCUCAAGACAUGAUUAACUUAAGGUUGGAAACAAAAAUUGACAAAUGCAAAGAUAAUCUCAAUGAAAUUGACAAAAAAAUUGAAUCAAAAUCAUUAUCAUUGAUGCGUGAGAAAGAUUUCUGUGCCAGAAAAGAAAUACUUGAAGAACAGCUGGAUGCAAAUCAAAAGUUGUUAAGCAAAGAGACAAGUUAUGACCAAAAAAAAAUAUGGCUAUUGCGUCAAAAGAUUAACUGAGAAGCUUAUAAAAGAAAACAGAAUUAAAGCAAGAAGACUUGGUGCUGGAGCAAGACCAAUGCUUGACUCUGAUGAUGAAGACUUUAUAGCCAAUGCCAUCGAGAGCAAAAGUUCAGCACAUGGACGCAGACAGGACACAGUCCUCUAUUUAAAUCACAGAGUAAAACUUGAAGAUUUAUUGUCUAUUGCCAAUUAUAAUUUAAUUAGACGAGGAAAGAAGUUGUUGAAGUCAGCAAAAACAGUACACCUUAGGGCAAGGCCUAGAAAAAUCAACACAAUUGAAGGCAAGAGACAUAAAGGUAACUGGCUCUUUUGUACCAAAAAACCCCCAAAGACUGAGGACCACAGUACUGAGCUCACCCAUCAUCAAAGGGCGCAUGUAAAAUUAAACAGAGAAGACAUGUUCAGCACCAAUAGCUUGUUCAGAUAUUCAAGUCUGGACAUCUCAUUUGAUGAUAAAGCUUAUAUCAGACCAGGCACAGAUGUCGGAUUGAGAGAUACAAAAGCUGGAAAAAUACUCACCUUGACGGAUGAAAGCAAACAAAGAAAGCUACCACAACAUGACUUUGCAACACCAGAGGUGUACCAGUCACCUAGCUCAUUUAGAUUAAUGACAUGGAAAACUGAAACAAUACAGGGUAAGGAGAGAUUGAUUAAAGACCAUGACCAAAGUUGUGUUGUUGUCCGUCCAAAAUUCUAUGUUGGAAGCUCAGGGUGUGUAUGGGGUAGUGAUUUGUUGCGUCUCCGCUAUGAAAAACCUGAUUUAUUUGAAAUGUCUCCUGAACGCGGUGAGUCAAUACAAGAUAAACAGUUUUAUGCGAUGGUCCAUGAUGCUGCAUUUUAUGUCUUUGACAGUACCACUGAUGAUGACUUAACAUCUUUAUUAUCUGGACAAUCAAAUUAUACACAUUAUGAAUCAGAAAGGAUAACACAUUUUGCUCGUCGUCUUGAACGUGUGUUAGCAAAUUUUCCCAAUACAGGAUCUGAUGAACUAAUUGACAAACUUAAAGAAGCUUUACAGUUAAUUGAAAAACUGAAUCAAGAUCUUAAAGGUGAAAACAUGAGAAUUUGUAACAGGAAUUUGAAAACUUUGAGAGAUUAGUGUGAAGAAAUCAUUCGUUCUAUUGAUUCUAUGAAUAUAUAUCCUGUGAAGCCAGUUAUUUCUGAAUAUACUGAUGGUGGACCUGGAGUUGGGGUUAAUAAUACUGCAGUUAAAUUCAGAUUUGCUGAAAUGUGUCGUAUCCAGAAUUCUGUGAGAAGAGUCAGAAUCCAUAGGGCCAGUGGAGACUCGGCACAAAAUGAAGCAGAGAGAACAAACAGUGCUAUUGGUGAUGCAUUAGUGGAUGGUGCGACUAUAUGUUGGGAAUAUUUCAAACCCCUUCAUGGUUUGUCUCAGGAGGAUCAGGACACCAUGACACCCAGUGAUCUUGAUAAACACAAGGCUGCAAUGAUGGAAAAAAAUGCUUGGGCAGUUGCAGAAGUCGUGUCCUUGAGAAUAGAUGAUGCCAAAGGACCUGCAGGAUUUAUUCAGGCAUAUGUGACAGAACACCCUGAGGACCAGUUUUUCUGGAAUGGCAAUUACCUCAAAAGAUAUCAUGAGUCUUCAAAAUCUGCCAAAGCAACGGUACCAGGACGUGGUUACUUCAAAAAGAUUUAUGAAUUUAUUGAUCAGCACUGCGAAGUAGGUGAACUUUAUAUUGAAUACAGAAAAUAUCGUUGUGAACAGUCACAUGGGACCAAGUGUGAGUACUGUUUGAGAUCUCCAGUGAAUGAUUUAUAUGGACCAAAUUUGGUUAAACCAGUACCUAGGCCAUAUCCAGAUUAUGAAAGACUUCCUGAUUUGCAUUAUUUAGUACACAGUAACACUCCCGUACAAAUCGAUAACGUUGAGCGGGAACCAGAUGACUUUCAGCCACGUGCAAACAUUAAGAAAUUGUUUGCCUUGGGAGAAUUGUCGACAUCUAACCAUGCUAGUGUAUCUCAAUUUAGCAAGAAGUAUGUCCUUCCAGAGGAUCUUGUUAUGAAAUAUGUCUUGCAUCUUGAAACACUAAAGGCUGAUAAGGAAAAACGGUCCAUUGCAACACAAAAAAAGAGACAUGAUGUGACCUGUAAAACAUAUGAUGACUAUAAUUGGGUGGAGAUGUUUGAAAAUAACUCUAUAGACAAACAGACAAUGUCGGUAUUAGACAAAUACAUACAGCAUCAUAAUCUUGGAAAUUUCACUGUAAAACCUGAAAAAGUGAAAGCUGUUAAGCAAUCUAUUGCUAUGCAUUUGAUAGCAGAUAACAAUCAGGUCAAUGAAAUUCAGUCAGACGAGGAUGAUGUAAUCAUUGAAUUAUUUGAUCCAGACACAGAAACUGAAACAGACAGUAGUUCCAGUAGUUCUGAGAGUGAAAGGGAAAUUGAAAACUUACAAAUCUCUACUAGAUCGAGACGUGUCAGACUACCCAAAAGAUAUGACGACUAUGUAACCUAAAGUUCAGUGGUCUAAAAAAGAAAUAAAAGAUUUUUCUCUAUUUUACAUAAGAAUAGAUAAACAUGUACACAUUCAAAAUUUACAACAAAAAUGAUAGCUUACUGUAGAAAAUAUAGGGAUAUGGAGUAUAAAAGUGUGCUUGUUUUUCAAAAAAGUUCUUUGAAAAGUGUGAAUAUUUGGUCUUUUUACAUAGGGAAAAUUCUGAAAAUUUGUGAAAAUCUCCAUUUCAUAUGCUUUAGAAGUUUCAAUAAAAAGAAAUGUGGUGUAUAAACCAGCCAUACUUUUAAGAAAAUUGACAAAAUGUGUGAUUUCCAUGUACUUUCUAUACAAAUUAUCUCCCUUGGAUUGAAACAGAAAUUUUGAAAAUGGCCAUGCAAUUAAAAGUGCUACUUCAACUAUAAUUAAACAAAAUGAAUUGUUUUAAUGUUUCUGUUUUAUUUUGUACAUGUAGACCAUAAUUCCUUAAAUAAAACAAAAAUCUAACAUGCCCAGAAAUGAUGUUCAGUGAUGACCCCCUGAACUACCUUAAUUAUAAAUGUUAUUAUCAUGAUUAUGCAAAUUCAACAGACAUUGUAGAAUGAAAACUCUUUUUUUUAUAAUACAUACUGGCUGUAGAAAAAGAAUGUUUGUGGAAAUUUAACAAAUACAGUAGCAUACUACCAAAAGAAAUGAUUGGAAUAUUCAUUCAAAGGUCACAACAAAUCUGGAACCCACACCCAACAUGCUCUGAAUGGCCCAGAUAUAAAUAUAUAAUCAAUCAAGCUGCAUAUAUGUUGAGAUAGUAAAUUUUACUUUUUUCCCACUUUAAAAAAAAUGUUUAAAAUACAAUAUUGUUGUAAGUGGAAGU